AGAACUUUGCAAGGUGAGAGGCUGAAGGCAUCCUUGGGCAACCAGAAGAUGGGACUUGCCAUGUACAUCGGCCUUUGUUGCCUUGGAAUCUUGAUCAUCAAUCCUUUUUUGGGAGCCAAGGCUGCAUCAUGUCCCAGAGGCUGGCUACAGAAAGAAGGGAACUGCUAUGGGUAUUUUGAUGAGAAACUAAGUUGGGAUGUUGCUGAGUUGGAGUGCCAGAGCUUUGGUCCUGGAUGUCAUCUCACCUCUAUCCUCAGCAUCCAAGAGUCUGCACUUGUGUCUGUAUACAUCAAAGAUAAACAGCGAUCAAGUAGCAAUGUCUGGAUGGGACUCCGUGAUAUCUCUGGGCAACAAAGAAGGCGAUGGAGAUGGGCUGAUGAAUCUACCUUCAAUUACAAAGCCUGGAUGGUACGACAGCCAGACAACAGUAAUAAGAAUGAACACUGUGUGGAGGUGACACUUUCGUCAAGUUUCAGAUUGUGGAACGAUGGGAUAUGUACCAAUCAAAAUGCUUACAUCUGUAAGUACCAGCUGUAGAUCCACCUGAAUGAAAGCAGCUGGGAUGCAACCAGAACCAGCUACAAAACACCUGCAAAUUUAAUUGGCAUCCUGUUGAUUUCACUGCCUCUGAUCAGAUCUUCUCCCUUCCUAUCUAACUUUUCCUCUUAGAAUAGACAACUACACCGUUAUCUUAUUCUCCUGACUUUUUCAUGAUGGAAAUACAAUAUGAAUAAACUCUCCAUAGCAUAUAAAUACAAUACAAAGUUUCUGUGGAUAUUUCCGUCAUUCAAGAACAGGGAAUGGCAGCACUGGGUGGUGUUGGGAGGGGUGGAAACAGUUGUGUUGGCUGCAUCAAAUCCAAGAGUUUCAUCCCAAUAUUUCAGGAGAAAGGAAUAAAAGCACCGAAUGGAAGAGAGAGGAGAAACGACAUGUUAGUCCCCAGGGGCAUCAUAGCAGAAGGGGGUCCAAAAACUUCAAGAUGGCAGCCUUGACUGAAAUUGAAGCACCAAUACCUCUUUUUCAUGCAUUCCUUUGAGCAAACAGCUAUGUCCACCAUCUUGACUUGUAUAACUUGCCUGUGGAUCAUACUUCCUUUUGCCUACAUUGGUUGAGAUGCAGGAUUCAAAGACAGACAUGGAGUUGAUUGAUAAAGAGAUGAAUUCACAACACAAUUAAAGCUUGGAGGUUUUCAAGAAAAGAUUGGACGACCAUUUGUCUAGCAUGGGAUAAGGACCCCUGCCUUGGGCAGGGGGUUGGACUAGAAGACCUCUAAGGUCCCUUCCAGCUCUGUGAUUAUAACUUAUAUGAAACACAAUAGAUGUCAGAACCAGACCUUC